AUGGCAAGGGAAGACCAGGUUUUGGAAGAGUGCGGGCGGUCGUGCAUCGGCUACUCCAGCGGAGGCGGAGGCGGCCGGGCCUGCGCAGUGCUCCCGGUAGGAAACGUUGCGCCGCCCGUCAUUCGGCCGCGGGAGCACAGUGCGACGCCACCUCUGUCUUGUGGAGGAGAGGCCUUACGUAGGGAACGGGGUGCGGGUUCACGCACCGGAACGCGAGCGAAUAUCGCCGAGGUACGCGUGCGCGAUCGAGCGCGUGCGCGGCGCCACUUGCGCGCAACGACGAGCCGCGAGCAUGCAAGGAGCACGGCGCUGCCGCGCGUAGCGAGCCACGCCGUGCGCGCCAUCGCCAUGGGCUGCGCUUCGUCCGCCGAGGAACGCGCCGCCUUAGCGCGUAGCAAGCAGAUCGAGAAAAAUCUCAAGGAGGAUGGCAUCCAAGCGGCCAAGGACAUCAAGCUGCUGCUCCUCGGUAAUGGAGCCGGUUUCUUCCUCUCACUCUGUACUGUUUCGGGCGCGAUGCGCGCGCACUCUUGCCGGAGCUCUAUCGACUGCGGCCAAAUCGAACCGGCAUGCUUGAACAAUAUUUAUGCUUGU